GGAGAGCCGCUUGACACGCAUAGCAACAUGCAGAUCAUUCUGGUGCUAGCAUUCGUGAGCGCAGCGUGGGCGGCGCCGCAGCACUAUCCUUACGCGCAUGCGCCGCUGCUGCACGCGCCUAUUGCUGUGCAUGCUCCGGUCGCCGUGGCUGAACCUGUGUCGUACCCACGGUACGCGUUCAACUACGGCGUGAAAGACCCACACACCGGCGACAUCAAGUCGCAGCAGGAGGAGAGAGACGGCGAUGUUGUUAAAGGGAGCUACUCACUAGUGGAGCCCGACGGGUCCACGAGAACAGUAUCCUACUCUGCCGAUGACCACAACGGUUUCAACGCCGUCGUGCACAAGACGGGGCACGCGGUACACCCGGUUGCCGUGGCCCCAGUAGCUCACUACGCAGCCGCGCCGGCCAUCGCGCUUCCCCAUUACCUGCAUUAGCCCACCUUACCUAAUAUAAGCAC